CUCGGAGGUACCGGGCGCGCGCGGCUCCGGCUCGGGACGCCUCGGGUUCGGGCUCCGGCUGCGGCAGCUGCAGCGGCGCCCGAGCUCCUGUGCGCUCGGCCUCUUGGGCCCGCCGGGGAGCGCCGACCGUGAGCCCGCCGUGCGCCCGCCCUCUCCCUCCCCCGGGCCCGCCGCGAUGGGAGCCGCGCGCGGAGCCCCGAGCAGCCCCCGCCGGCUGCCUCUGCUCAGCGUUCUGCUGCUGCCGCUGCUGGGCGGGGCCCAGGCGGUCAUUGUCUUCAUCAAGGAGCCAUCCUCCCAGGAUGCGCUGCAAGGGCGCCGGGCACUGCUCCGCUGUGAGGUUGAGGCCCCAGGCCCGGUGCAUGUGUACUGGCUGCUGGAUGGGGCCCCUGUUGAGGACACCGAGCGCCGCUUUGCCCAGGGCAGCAGCCUGAGCUUCACUGCCGUGGACCGGCUGCAGGACUCAGGAGCCUUCCAGUGCGUGGCUCGGGAUGAUGCCACUGGAGAGGAGGCCCGCAGUGCCAACGCCUCCUUCAACAUCAAAUGGAUUGAGACGGGUCCCGUGGUCCUGAAGCAUCCAGCCUCAGAAGCCGAGAUCCAGCCACAGACCCAGGUCACGCUGCGUUGUCACAUUGACGGCCACCCUCGGCCCACCUACCAGUGGUUCCGAGAUGGGAGUCCUCUCACUGACGGUCAGAGCAACCACACAGUCAGCAGCAAGGAGCGGAACCUGACCCUCCGGCCAGCCAGCCCCGAGCACAGUGGCACCUACUCUUGCUGUGCCCACAAUGCCUUUGGCCAGGCCUGCAGCAGCCAGAACUUCACCCUGAGCAUUGCUGAUGAGAGCUUUGCCAGGGUGAUGCUGGCGCCCCAAGACAUGGUGGUGGCGAGGAACGAGGAGGCCAUGUUCCACUGUCAGUUUUCAGCCCAGCCACCCCCAAGCCUGCAGUGGGUUUUUGAGGACGAGACUCCCAUCACUAACCGCAGCCGCCCCCCGCACCUCCGCAGAGCCACAGUGUUUGCCAAUGGGUCCCUGCUGCUGACCCAGGUCCGGCCACGCAAUGCAGGGGUCUACCGCUGCAUAGGCCAGGGCCAGAGGGGCCCUCCUGUUGUCCUAGAGGCCACACUCCACCUGGCAGAGAUUGAAGAUAUGGCACCAUUCGAACCACGGGUGUUCACGGCCGGCAGCGAGGAGCGAGUGGCCUGCACGCCCCCCCAGGGCCUGCCGGCGCCCCUUGUGUGGUGGGAGCACGAAGGGAACCGGCUGCCUACCCAUGGCAGGGUCUCCCAGCAAGGCCACGAGCUGGUGUUUGCCAGCACUGCCGAGAGUGAUGCUGGCGUCUACACCUGCCAUGCAGCCAACCUGGCCGGUCAGAGGCAUCAGGACGUCAACAUCACCGUGGCCACUGUGCCCACGUGGCUGAAGAAGCCCCAAGACAGCCAGCUGGAGGAGGGCAAGCCCGGCUAUUUGCACUGCCUGACCCAGGCCACACCCAAACCCACAGUCGUUUGGUACAGAAACCAGAUGCUCAUCUCGGAGGACUCGCGGUUUGAGGUCUCCAAGAACGGGACCCUGCGCAUCAACAGCGUGGAGGUGUAUGACGGGACGUGGUACCGCUGUGUCAGCAGCACCCCCGCCGGCAGCAUCGAGGCCCAGGCCCGCGUGCAAGUGCUGGAAAAGCUCAAGUUCACACCACCGCCCCGGCCACAGCAGUGCAUGGAGUUUGACAAGGAGGCCACGGUGCCCUGCUCAGCCACUGGCCGAGAGAAGCCCACUAUUAAGUGGGUCCGGGCAGAUGGGAGCAGCCUCCCAGAGUGGGUGACAGACAACGCUGGGACCUUGCACUUCUCCAGGGUGACCCGCGAUGACGCCGGCAACUACACUUGCAUCGCCUCCAAUGGGCUGCAGGGCCAGAUCCGUGCCCACGUCCAGCUCACUGUGGCAGUGUUCAUCACCUUCAAGGUGGAGCCAGAGCGCACGACCGUGUACCAGGGCCACACGGCCCUGCUUCGGUGCGAGGCCCAGGGGGACCCCAAGCCGCUCAUUCAGUGGAAGGGCAAAGACCGCAUCCUGGACCCCACCAAGCUGGGACCCAGGAUGCACAUCUUCCAGAAUGGUUCCCUGGUGAUCCACGAUGUGGCCCCUGAGGACUCGGGCCGCUACACCUGCAUCGCAGGCAACAGCUGCAACAUCAAGCACACGGAGGCCCCCCUCUACGUCGUGGACAAGCCAGUGCCUGAGGAGUCAGAGGGCCCAGGCAGCCCUCCCCCGUACAAGAUGAUCCAGACCAUCGGGCUGUCGGUGGGCGCCGCUGUGGCCUACAUCAUUGCUGUGCUGGGCCUCAUGUUCUACUGCAAGAAGCGCUGCAAGGCCAAGCGGCUUCAGAAGCAGCCCGAGGGCGAGGAGCCGGAGAUGGAGUGCCUCAACGGCGGGCCUUUGCAGAAUGGACAGCCCUCAGCAGAGAUCCAAGAAGAAGUAGCCUUGACCAGCUUGGGCUCUGGCUCUGCAGCUGCCAACAAACGCCAUAGCACAAGUGACAAGAUGCACUUCCCUCGGGCCAGCCUGCAGCCCAUCACCACACUGGGGAAAAGCGAGUUUGGGGAGGUGUUCCUGGCGAAGGCGCAGGGCUUGGAGGAGGGGGUGGCAGAGACCCUGGUGCUUGUGAAGAGCCUGCAGAGCCGGGACGAGCAGCAGCAGCUGGACUUCCGGAGAGAGCUGGAGAUGUUCGGGAAGCUGAGCCACCCCAAUGUGGUGCGGCUCCUGGGGCUGUGCCGGGAGGCCGAGCCCCACUACAUGGUGCUGGAGUACGUGGACCUGGGAGACCUCAAACAGUUCCUGAGGAUUUCCAAGAGCAAGGAUGAAAAAUUGAAGUCACAGCCCCUCAGCAUAAAGCAGAAGGUGGCCCUGUGUGCCCAGGUGGCCCUGGGCAUGGAGCACCUGUCCAACAACCGCUUUGUGCACAAGGACUUGGCCGCUCGCAAUUGCCUGGUCAGCGCUCAGAGACAGGUGAAGGUGUCGGCCCUGGGGCUCAGCAAGGACGUGUAUAACAGUGAGUACUACCACUUCCGCCAGGCCUGGGUACCAUUGCGCUGGAUGUCCCCUGAGGCUAUCCUGGAGGGCGACUUCUCCACCAAAUCUGAUGUCUGGGCCUUCGGUGUGCUGAUGUGGGAAGUGUUCACCCACGGGGAGAUGCCCCAUGACGGGCAGGCAGACGAUGAAGUGCUGGCAGAUUUGCAGGCUGGGAAGGCCAGACUCCCGCAGCCUGAGGGCUGCCCCUCCAAGCUCUACCGGCUGAUGCAGCGCUGCUGGGCCCUCAGCCCCAAGGACCGGCCCUCCUUCAGCGAGAUCGCCAACGCCCUGGGAGACAGCUCUGCGGACAGCAAGCCGUGAGGAGAGAGCCCAGGCAGGCUGUGCCUCAGGAUGGCGUGGGCAGAGGAGGACCUCCUGAGGGGUGCCCGCAGCAUGAUGGGCAAGAUCCCCGUCCUCCCGGGCCCCAGGGGCCCCGCCCUGGCACCGCAGGCACUGCUGAGGUCUGGCAGGGCCUGGGCUUUCUCCUUUUUCCUCACCCUCUGCCCUUGGGGAGGUGGAUUCAGACCCAGACUGGGUGACUGGGGCCUCGGGCUGAGCAGCUUUCUCUGCCACCCUUUUCCCCAUCAGGGACAGUGUGGGUGCCUCAGGUAACUCCAGUUUCUGGCCUGGGUCUCCUCCCCAUGACCAGGUCCAGUUCCGCCACUCACCUGCCAACUUCAUCCAGGGUGGGCUAGGCUGGAGGUGAGCUGGGUUGGGUAUAAGUCCUUAAUCUACUCAAGUUCCUGGAUCGUUCUGGCCCACGGGGCCCACUCUGGGAUCUGCACUAGGAUCACGGAGGACCCAGCCAGUGUGUCCUCCGUGCGUGGACUUGUACCCUCCGACUCCGACCCAGACCCAUGCCCCCUCCCUACCCUUCUCUCCUUUUCUCAUCCUAAGUGCCUGGCAGAUGAAGGAGUUUUCAGGAGCUUUUGACACUAUAUAACCCGCCCCUUUUGUAUGCACCGCGGGGCGGCUUUUGUAUGUAAUUGCAGCGUGGGGUGGGAGGGCCUGGGAGGUAGAGGUGGGUCCUGGAGGAGAUGGGAGAGUGGGCCGCCUCUGCCUCACACCUUUAUUAAUGUUCUUGUUGUUUGUUUUUGGGUUUUGUUUUUUUUUUGGUUUUUUUUUUUUUUACACUCGCUGCUCUCAAUAAAGAAGCCUUUUUUACAGCC